AUGUCAGCCUCUCCACCUGAGUAUGUGACCCGAAGUUUUUACGAUUUUACACGCCAAUGGAAGACGCAAACCCAGGAGCAAACAAAGUUCAAGACGUAUAGCGAGUACGCCUCCGUCAUCAGCCGCCUCUGGGUCCGCACCCCGGAAUACAUGCUCCGAAUCCGCUUCCCUAUUCACGACAGCAGCAACGGCAUCCCCACUAGACGGCUCUUUGAAAUCCGGGAGAAAGAAGGGUUAAACGGCGACGCAGUACUGAUCGAUAUCAGCGGCAUCGGAGGCGUCACUUGCAAGUGGUUCUGCCCGGAGAUGCUAGAGAGCAAGAAAGAUGCACUAUCGUGGAGCAUCGCGAGGUAG